CCCCAGCCCCGAGCCUGCAUUGCCACGCAGAGCAAGCCCCGAGCGCGGUGGGUGCCCACGCUCAGCUGGGGACGGAGCCCCCCGGGAGAGCGGGAAGGGAGCGGAGAGCAAACUCCGCGCUCGCAGGCAGCCGUGGGCGUUAAACACGCAGGCAGAGAGCGCGGAGGUUUCGCUGCCCCCGUUCCCCCUGGGGACCCCCCCGCAGCGGGGCUCACCCCGGAGAGGUGAGGAUCAAACCAGCUUGGCCUCGAUCGGAGCCGGUGCUGGGCUGCAGGAUGCGGCCGGCGGCUGCUCCCUGUCUUCGCUGCCGUAUUUUUUCCACGCGUGGCUCCCACCCGGAAUUUGGCUUUGUGUGCGCCUCAGCCGGGCUCUUCCCAGCCUUCGUGUCCCGGGCUGUGACGGCGCAGAUCGUGGCAGAGCGGCACAGCGCCCCGUGGCAGGGCACAGGCAGCGUGUCGGGGCUGGAGGCGGUGUGAAGCUCCCGCUGGGGGGGGGGAUGAGGGGUGUUUCUUGCGUUACAGCCCUGAGAGCUACAGUCGGCGAGAGCUGUAAACAGCUCGGGCGGAUUUACUGAGUCGGCAAGCCCGCGGCACACAGUCAGCUCAGCCCCGAUGCUGCGCUCGCUGCCCGCGCGCUUGGAAAGCUCGCGGGGCCGCGGGGCCGGCUCUGCCGGGGGGGCUGCAGCCCUGAAAUCGGGCUGGAGGCUCCGACGGGGGCUGCAGCCCCCUCGUCCCCGCUGCUGCCCCUAAACCCCGUGGCUGCUGCUGCUCCCGGCCAGGCUCCCUGCCAUGGCAGCCCGCGCAUCGCGGCCGGGUGCUGCGCCACGGCGGGGACGUGGCUGGAGAGCCCGCGCCGAGUAGUCCUGGGGGACCCGACCCUGCCCGCGAUGGAGCUGGACAAGGGGGACGUGACCGCGCUCAGCCUGCCCGCCGCCGCCGGCCACGGCGAUGCCGACGGCCCCAUCUGCCUGGAUGUCCCCGACGGCACCCCCGACCCCCACCGGACGAAAGCUGCCAUCGAGCACCUGCACCAGAAGAUCCUCAAGAUCACCGAGCAGAUCAAGAUCGAGCAGGAGGCGCGGGACGACAACGUGGCCGAGUACCUGAAGCUGGCCAACAACGCGGACAAGCAGCAGGCCUCCCGCAUCAAGCAGGUUUUCGAGAAGAAGAACCAGAAGUCGGCGCAGACGAUCGCGCAGCUGCACAAGAAGCUCGAGCACUACCACAAGAAGCUGAAGGAGAUCGAGCAGAACGGCCCGUCCCGGCAGCCCAAGGAUGUUUUCCGGGACAUGCACCAAGGCCUCAAGGACGUGGGCGCCAACGUCCGCUCCAGCAUCAGCGGCUUCGGCGGCGGCGUGGUGGAGGGCGUCAAGGGAGGCCUCUCGGGGCUGUCCCAGGCCACCCACACCGCCGUGGUCUCCAAGCCCCGGGAGUUCGCCAGCCUGAUCCGGAACAAAUUCGGCAGCGCCGACAACAUCGCCCACCUGAAGGACACGCUGGACGACGGGCACCCUGAGGAGGCGUCGCGGGCGCUGAGCGGCAGCGCCACGCUGGUGUCCAGCCCCAAGUACGGCAGCGACGACGAGUGCUCCAGCGCCACCUCGGGCUCGGCCGGCGGCAGCAACUCCGGGGCAGGGCCCGGGGGUUUGGGGAGCCCCAAGUCCAACACGCUGGACAGCCACCACAACAACUUCGACACCAUCCUGGAGGAGCUCCGGGAGAUCAAGGACAGCCAGUCGCACCUGGAGGACUCCAUGGAGGACCUCAAGGCGCAGCUGCAGCGGGAUUACACCUACAUGACGCAGUGCUUGCAGGAGGAGCGGUACAGGUACGAGCGCCUGGAGGAGCAGCUGAACGACCUCACCGAGCUGCACCAGAACGAAAUGACCAACCUGAAGCAGGAGCUGGCGAGCAUGGAGGAGAAGGUGGCCUACCAGUCCUACGAGAGGGCGCGGGACAUCCAGGAAGCGGUGGAGUCCUGCCUGACACGGGUGACCAAGCUGGAGCUGCAGCAGCAGCAGCAGCAGGUGGUGCAGCUGGAAGGGGUGGAGAACGCCAACGCCCGGGCGCUGCUGGGCAAGUUCAUCAACGUCAUCCUGGCCCUGAUGGCCGUGCUGCUCGUCUUCGUCUCCACCAUCGCCAACUUCAUCACCCCGCUCAUGAAGACCCGCAUGCGCAUCCUCAGCACCGCCCUGCUCGUCCUCUUCCUCUUCUUCCUCUGGAAGCACUGGGACUCCAUCACCUACUUUCUGGAGCACGUCCUGCUCCCCAGCUGAUCCGCGGCCCCGCUGCUGCAGCCUGGGGGCUUUCCGUAUCCCAUGGAGGAGGGGAUGGGAUGGGAGGGGGGGACGCAGCAGUCUGGAGCCUUCGGGUCGUUUCUUCGCACACGGUUCGGUCGCUUUUCCGGCCCCCGCUGCGCCUGGCUGCCGUUGCUCGGAGCGUGGCGGAGUCGGUCCCGCGGGAUGCUCAGGGAGGGCGGAAUGGGGAACGAGGAGGAGUUUGGGAAGAAACUGGUCGUUUACGUGGCGGCGGGUUUUUCGAGGGGCUUUAGGCUGUUUUUUAAGGUCACUCGGUUCUGAAAGUCCGUGGGAAGGUCUGCAGAGCCCGCUUUGGGGCUGUCGGGAAGGAUCGAGCUGGACCAAACCUGGCUCCAGGAGUUACUCAGGGCUGGGUUUUUCCUUUCGUCCUUAAAGACCAAGGUGGUAAAAUGUCCGAGGAUGGAACAAAAGCGAAGCACGUGGUGAAGGAGAAAAUGGGUCCAAGGCAAGCGUCGCUGAGCCCAGUGAGCUCGCAGCAGGACGUGCGCGGCUGAGCAGCUCCUGCCGACCCCGCCACCAGCUGUCCCCAGCGCCAGAGACAGCACCAGCACUGGCACGAGUGAGACCCCCCUCUGCUGGUUUCCCUUCAUUUAUUUAUUUCCCCCCCCCCCCCACCCUUUGCCUUUAGUCGAUCUGAUCUCUUCAGGGACACCUGGACUUGCCAGCAUCACGCCUCUGAGUCCUCCAGCCUCUGCAACGUGUCGUGUGUGUGUGCGUGUGCGUGCGCGUGCAGUUUUUAAUUUAAUUCAAGACUCUGUUUCCAUUUGUGAAUCAAAGCUGGUAGUGCCAGGGGAGGCGGGCAGCUGCCUUCCCAGCCCUACACAAGAGCACAGC